CCCGAAUCGACGCAUUGAGUUGCUGUCUCGACCUUGCCCGACUAAAAACCCACACACAAAGGCGCCUGCAGCGCUAGCGAAACCUCCGCAGGACCUCCGCAUCGACCGCACACGACCCAGAACACCACGACCGCAUAGCCGCCCGUCAUGGCGUCAAUAGCAACCAAAGCCAAGGCCAGCAGGCCAAUUGUCCAAGACUACUUUUCCAGCCACAAGGUCGGCGUUGUAGUCUCGGCGGGGAAGAUGUCCAAAGCGGUGCGAGUGCGCGUCGCACACCAGGAAUGGAAUAAGAAGUUUAGAAAACACUUCCCCGCUCCAAAGACCUACCUUGUUCGCGACCCCAACAACUCCCUUGUCGAAGGUGACAUUGUGCGCAUAACCUCCGGACACCGCACUUCCACAGCCAUUCGCCAUGUCGUAACCGCAAUCGUCGCUCCUUUCGGAGAGCCUGUUGAAAACCGCCCUCCGGUACUCUCCCAAGCCCAAUUAGACGAACAGCGUAUCAAGGAUCGGUUACUCAAGGAUGUGAGGAGCGCUGAGCGGGGGAGACAAGCGAGUGUGCAGAGAUUGGCACAAGCACGGAAGCAAGGAAUUGAGAUACCGACGCUACAAGAAGCCAUGGAGCGCAUGAGGGUGCACACAGAAAACGAAAAGGCGAGGCUGGAAGCGCAUGGCGGACAAGCUGGACAGCAAAAAACGGCAAACGAGAGGAGAGUUGAGGCGGGGAAAAAGACCAAGGAAGAAGUCAAGGCGGAAAGCAAAGUGAAAAACGCAAGAAAACAGACUGCAUAG